CGCCGCGCGGAGUUCUGGGACUUGAGGUCCGCGGCCUAUUUACGCAAGUUGGAGGUAGGGGCCUGUGGAAACAUGAAGAGGGUAAACAGCUGUGUGAAGAGUGAUGAGCAUGUCCUGGAGGAGCUGGAAACAGAAGGGGAGAGGCAGCUGAAAAGCCUCCUUCAGCAUCAACUUGAUACUUCUGUCUCCAUUGAGGAAUGUAUGUCUAAGAAAGAGAGCUUUGCUCCUGGUACUAUGUACAAGCCCUUUGGGAAGGAAGCAGCUGGGACUAUGACUUUGUCCCAAUUCCAGACACUGCAUGAGAAGGACCAGGAAACUGCCUCUCUCAGGGAAUUAGGGCUUAAUGAAACAGAAAUCUUGAUCUGGAAGAGCCAUGUUUCAGGUGAAAAGAAGACAAGACUGAGGGCAACUCCUGAAGCAAUACAGAACCGUCUUCAAGAUAUUGAAGAAAGGAUCUCAGAGCGUCAGCGCAUUCUUUGCCUGCCACAGAGAUUUGCAAAGAGCAAACAGCUGACCCGACGAGAAAUGGAAAUAGAAAAGUCUUUAUUUCAGGGAGCUGAUCGUCACUCCUUCCUUAAGGCUCUUUAUUACCAAGCAUACCACAAAAAGACAAGUGCAGACAAGUACAUGACCUCAAUGAAGAGGAAGAUAAAAUUAGGCACAAAAGAUGAACCCCAAAAGAAGAACAAAGGUGAUCCCAUGAACAACCUGGAAAGUUUUUACCAAGAGAUGAUAAUGAAAAAACGUCUUGAAGAGUUCCAACUUAUGAGAGGUGAACCCUUUGCUUCCCACUCACUGGUCUCAGCUACAUCAGUGGGUGAUAGAGUCACAGCUGAGAGCCCAUCAUUACUCCAGGACAAGGGAAAACAGGCAGCACAGGGUAAAGGCCCCAGUCUCCAUGUGGCAAAUGUUAUUGAUUUUUCACCUGAGCAGUGUUGGACUGGGCCUAAGAAGCUGACGCAGCCAAUAGAAUUUGUCCCAGAAGAUGAAAUCCAGAGAAAUCGUUUGUCAGAGGAAGAGAUCCGAAAAAUUCCUAUGUUUUCUUCAUAUAAUCCAGGGGAACCAAACAAGGUGUUAUACCUGAAGAACCUUAGCCCUCGGGUGACUGAAAGAGAUCUUGUGUCAUUGUUCGCUCGGUUCCAGGAGAAAAAAGGACCUCCAAUUCAAUUCCGAAUGAUGACUGGACGAAUGAGGGGCCAGGCUUUUGUCACCUUUCCCAAUAAGGAGAUAGCAUGGCAAGCAUUGCAUCUAGUAAAUGGAUAUAAACUACGUGGGAAAAUAUUGGUGAUAGAGUUUGGAAAGAACAAAAAGCAUCGGUCAAAUCUCCAAGCGACUUCUCUCAUAUCAUGUGCUACAGGAUGAAGAAGCUGAGUGGAAGCAAAACUGUCUCGUACUAAAGAACUGACUCCAAAUGGUAACACAAAUCCACAGUAACAAAUGGAGAUAAUGUGAAAUAGGAAAUAGGAAGUUUAAUAUAAAAAACCUAUAAACAUAUACUUAUUCUUCUCUCAGCUUCUUUUAAAGAUGUAAAAUUAUAUUAAGUAAUUAUAAUAAUGUGUGUUGGGUUUAUAAUGUAUAGAAAUAACCUGUAUAACAAUAAUACCACAAAGCGGGGGAUGGGUUUAUAUAGGAAUAGGGUUGUUACAUUGGAAUUAAGUUAAUAUUUAUCUGAAGCCUAUUCAGUUAGUUAAGAUGUGUAUGGUAAGACCUAGAGCAACCACUAAGGAAAUAACUUUUAAAAAUCAAAAAUAUUAUUAAAGAAAUAUAAAUAUCACAUUAUACUCAGUAUACUCAGUACAAAAGAAGGAAUGGAGAAGCAAAAAGCUUGAGGCAUAUCAAAAACAAUAAAAUGACAGUCAUGAAUCUUCCUGUAUCAAAAUAACAAUAAAUGUGCAUGGAUUAAACAAUACUAUAAAAGGCGGAGAUGUCAGAAACAAGUCUGAUUCAACUUCAUGCCAUCUAUUGGAGACACACUUUAGAAGAUAGAUUAAAGGUAAAAGGAUGGAAAACAAAUAUAUCACACAGACAACAGCCAUAAGAAAGCUGGAGUGGCUAUUCUAAUACCAGACAAAAUAGACUUUUAAAAAAAUAUUACUAGAGAUAAAGAGUAAAAUGUUACAAUGAUAAAAGGGUCAAUCCAUCAGGAAGAUGUAACAACUGUAAAUAGAUAUGCAUCUAACGCUACAGCCCAAAAUACAUGAAGCGAAAACUGAAAGGAAAGAAGAAAUAGAUAAGUCCAUAAAAAGAGUUGGAAUAUUCAUUACCCCUUUUUCAAUAAUAGAGCACCUAGACAGAAGAUAAACUAGGAAAUAGAAGACUUGAACAACAUUGUAAGGCAAAUUGACCUUAAAGACAUCUAUAUAACUUUCCACCCAACAUCAGAAUACAUAUUCUUCUCAAAUGCAUAUGAAACAUCUCCAAAGUAGGCCAUAAGUUAAAGCAUAAAACAAGCCUUAAUAAAUAUAAGGGGACUGAAAUCAUGCAAAGUGUGUCCUCUGACCACAUGGGACAAAGUUAGAAAACAACGGAAAGUUGGGAAACUCACAAAUAUGUGGAAAUCAGACACACUUGUAAGUGACUGGCUGGGUGCAGUAGCUCACACCUGGAAUCUCAGCACUUUGGCAGGCCGAAGUGGGAGGAUGCCUUGGAUCCCUUGAGACCAGGAAUUCAAAACCAGCCUGGGCAACCCAUCAAGACCCUGUCAUUACCAAAAAAAAACAAAAACAAAAAAAAAAACAAAAAACUGUGUCAAAAAAAUCAUAAGGGAAAUUACAAAAUUCUUUGAGAUGAAUGAUAAUGAAGACACAACACACCAAAACUUACAAGAUGCAGCUAAAGCAGUGUUUACAGGGAAAUGUAUAGGUGUAAAUGCCUAUACUUAAGAAGAAAGGCCAGGCACAGUGGCUCACGCCUGUAAUCCCAGCACUUUGGGAGACCAAGGCAGGCGGAUCACGAGGUCAGGAGAUCUAGACCAUCCUGGAUAACACAGUGAAACCUCGCCUCUACUAAAAAUACAAAAAAUUAGCCAGGUGUGGUGGCGGGCACCUGUAGUCCCAGCUACUCGGGAGGCUGAGGCAGGAGAAUGGUGUGAACCUGGGAGGCGGAGCUUGCAGUGAGCCAAGAUUGUGCCAGUGCACUCCAGCCUGGGCAACAGAGCGGGACUCUGUCUCAAAAAAAGUAAAAAAAGAAGAAAGACCAUAGCAGUAACCUCACUUUACACUUUAAGACCCUGGAAAAAGAAGAGCAAACUAAACCUAGAGCCAGGAGAAAGAAGGAAAUACAAAAGAUUAGAUGAAUAUAAAUGAAAUAGAGUGAAAAAAACUAGAGAAAAAUCAAUGAAACCAAAAGUUGAUUCUAUAAAAAGAUCAGUAAAACUGACACACCUUCUGCUAGAUUGACCAGGAAAAAAGAAGAAUCAAAUUACUAAAAUCAGAAAUGAAGGAGGGAACAUUUCAACUGAACUUGUAGAAAUAAAAAAGAUUAUGAAAGCAUAUUAUGAUUAAUUUUAUGUCAAUAAAUUAUCAUAGAUGAAGUGGACAAAUUCCUAGGAAGACAUAAACUGCCAAAACCAACUCAGAAGUAGAAAACUUGAAUAAACCUAUAUCAGGUAAAUAGGUUAAAUGAGUUUUUAAAAAGAUACCCACAAAGAAGAGCCCCGGCUCAAAUAGCUUCUUAAAUGAAUUCUACAAAACUUUUAAUGAAAAAUUAAUACAAAUUCUUCACAAACUCUUUCAAAAAGUAGAAGAGUGGUGAACACUUCUGACAUAUACUACAACAUGGAAGAACUCAGAAUAUGCUCAGUGCAAGAAGCCAGUCACAAAAGACUACAUGUUAUGUGAUACUAUUUAUAUGAAGUGUCCAGAAUUGGCAAAUAUAUAGAGAUAGAAAGUGGAUUAGUGGUUGCUUAGGGCUAGCACAGAGUUGGGGGGAAUGGGAAGUGCUGGAGGUAACAGCUGAAGUGUAUGAAGUUUCUUUAGAGGUUGAUGAAAGUGUUCUAAAGUUGGUCAUGGUGGUUAUUUCACAACUCUGAAUAUACUAAAAACCAGGAAUUGUACACUUUAAAUGGGUGAAUUGUUUGGUUUAUGAAUUAUAUCUCAAUAAAACUCAUGAAAGUAGGGAUGUCCAUCAGUAGGAAAAUGGGUAAAUAACUUAUGGUACAUCUAUUUAGUACAAUACUAUGCAGCCAUUAAAAUAGUGAAGUGUAUCUAUGAAUAUAUUAUGACCUAUACUCAUGUCCAAGGUUGUGUAUUAAGUUAGAAAACAAGAUGCAGAAAUAUGUAUAGUACAAAUACAUUUUUAUGCAAAAGCAUUCAUUUAUGUAUAGUAUGUAUGUAUAUAGAUAUUUCUGAAUAAAUUUACGAAAAAGCUGGGAAAUAGACAUAGAAAGUUGUAAACCUUUGGAAGUGGGAUUGAAUAGGCUGAAGGAGGACUUUUACUUUGUAAAAUUUUUAAAGUGCUGUCAUUUUGGGGUGAUUUUUACUUUUUUCAGUAUUUUUUUUUUAACUAAAAAGAAAUUAAAAAAAAAAAAAUAUUCUACCAAUGGCAUGGCUUCCAGAAUAUUUUUCAGGCUUACUCUGGGGAUAUCAUCUGACUAUACUCAGGACAAACUCCUAUUCCUUUGAUAUACUGCUCACUUAGGAUUAACAGUCCAAUUUCAGACAUAGUUAAGUGACAAGGAAUGAAUUAUCCUGAUAUAGCCUCUGAUGCAUGUUACCAGGGGCAUACUUCUAAGCUGGACUUUUUAGAAGGAACUGUUUCCUGUUAGGUAGAAAAUCUUACCUCUGCUUUUUACUAGACCUACAGACCACUGCAACUGAGGAACAUAAAAAUGAAGGAUAUCCUUCAGCUAGUGCAUAGAUAAACUGUAGUAUAUCCAUGCAAUGGAAUCCUACUCAGCAAUAAAAAUUAAUGAAAUAUACAUGCAACCACUUGGAUGAAUCUUAAAUGCAUUUUACUAAGUAAAAGAAGCCAAACUCAAAAGGCUACUUACUGUUUGAUUUCAUUCAUAUUAUUUUCUCAAAAAGCAAAACAAUAGGAAUGGAGAAAAAACUUCAAUGGAUGUCAGGGGUUAAGUUGGAAUGCUCCUUGACUACAAAAUGGUAGCAUAAGGAAUUUGUCUUAAUAAUUGAAAUUUUCUGUGUCUUCAUUGUAGUUAUGUAAGUGUAUGCAUUUGUCAAAAUCCAUAGGCUUAUACACUAAAAAGGAUGAAUUUUACUGUAUGUAAUUUUUUAAAAUAAAUGUUAUUUUUAUGGAGGAAAGAAAAA